UACAGGAGGAAAUCAGGAAGCAAGCACAUGGCACAGAGUGGAGGUUGUUAGUCGAGUCAAUCCAGCUGCAUCUGCAAACGUCUUCUGCUUUUUGUUAGCAUCGUAGUUUCACCUUCCUUGCUACGUCAAUAAACCUGUGUACAAGGAGUCAUCUGUCUGCAGAGUCUUGAUGUUCAAGGAGGCGUUUAUCUGACUGUCAAGUCAUAUAGAGCACGUAUGAUGAGGACAGCACAGUGAAACUACGGCUCUCAGUCCAGCGGGAUAACGCAAUGUAAGCUGAAAACAAGACUAAAUCCCCACACAUCAUCAGUGGACAACAAUUACUCUUCAAGAUCGGUAAGACUGCGCCAUGGCAGAGGAGGCGUCUUUAAAGACACGUUCACGAGCCUCAUGUUCAUCAGUACAAUCAAGUGUUUCAGCAACUGGGUCUGCUGCAACAAAGGCAAGAGCAAAGGCUGAAGCUGCUAAGGCACGGCUUGCCUUUGUUGAAAAAGAAGUUAGUCUGCAGCUAGAAAAAGUAAAAUUGGAGGCAUCUUUAAAGAAACUUAAAUAUGAGGAAGAGUCAGCAGCAGCUAUUGCUGAAGCAGAAGCCCUCGAAGCUGCAGCUGAUAUUAACAGUGAAAAAAGUGAAAAGCAGAGCUCUAAGUUAUGCUUAGAUUCUAUUCCAUUGGACUCUUCAGCACGCACAGAGCAAUAUGUUGUCCACCAAAAUCGGAUACGGGAAAAUAACUCACAGCCAUUUGUUGAUCCAACAAAAACCGAACAGAUGUCUAAUUGUGUUCUGUCUGACCAACUUAAAGUAAAUGCUGCACCCUCUCUUCCAAACUGCAUUACUACUGCAUCCCAAUCACAACCCAUUGCUCUAGAUCCUCCUCCAGUUGGUCGCAAAGAAAGAUUUGAGCAUGCUAGGAUGCAAUACGGUAACUGUCAUGAUUCCCAAUAUUGCAGACCUUCAAAUACGACACCUUCCUGUCCACAACCUGCACUCACAAAUAACGACAGCUCAAACAUGAGUGACUUUGUACGAUAUUUAGCUCGUCGGGAGCUUGUGGCAACAGGUUUAUUACAAUUUAAUGAUAAACCACAGAACUACAGAGCCUGGAAACGUUCCUUUCUGUCCGCAACACAGGAUUUAAACCUGUCACCGAGUGAAGAAAUGGAUCUUCUGCUGAAGUGGCUCGGCAAAGAAUCAGCACAACAUGUGGAACAGAUAAGAGCGAUACACAUCAACUAUCCACAAGCAGGACUGGAUAUGAUAUGGAACAGACUUGAUGAAACCUAUGGAUCAGCUGAAGCUAUAGAAAAUGCGUUGUUCAAACGUAUUGAAGACUUCCCAAAAAUACCUAACAGGGAUUCCUAUAAGCUAACCAAACUGGGCGAUCUUCUAAUGGAACUUUCAUCUGCCAAAACUGAGGGCAACUUACCUCGUCUGUCUUUCCUCGACACAGCUAGAGGAGUCAACCCAAUCGUGCAAAAGCUACCGUUUCGCCUACAGGAGAGGUGGGCAACAGUCGGUGCAACCUACAAACAUCUAAAUGGGGUCACCUACCCUCCCUUUGCUUAUUUUGUUGACUUUGUAUGCCAGGAGGCUAGGAUCGCCAGUGACCCAUGUUUUAACUUCAUCUCUCAUACAGACGCAACACAGAUGAGCAGACCGGCUCCAAGGUCGAACAAGUUUAAGGAAGUAUAUGUGCACAAGACAGAAAUCUCUCCUCAAGCCUACACGUAUACUGAAAAAAGAUUAAGACCGGAUGAAUACGACAAAAUGUGUCCUAUACACAAGAAACCUCACCCUCUGCAUAAAUGUCGCACAUUUAAAGAGAAACCCAUCAAGGACCGUAUGACAUUUCUAAAAGAAAAUAACAUUUGUUACCGGUGUUGUUCGUCCUCCACACACAUUGCCAGGAACUGCAAAAUGAAGCUACAAUGUGAAGAGUGUAAGAGCGAAAAUCACCACACAGCACUGCACCAAGAACCCAGAAAGGGGGUGAACGCCUUACAUGAGCAUGGCGGGGAGGAUGACGAACCAACAGAACAACCAAAGGUAAACUCAAAAUGCACCGAAGUCUGUGGUAGCGAAUGGGCUGAUCGUUCUUGCUCCAAAAUAUGCCUUGUAAAGGUGUACCCAGCAGGCCACAGAGACAAGGCUGUAAAGCUGUAUGCCAUACUGGAUGAACAAAGCAAUCGAUCACUUGUGAGGUCACAUUUUUUUGAUGUCUUCAACGACCAGAGCCCAAGCGCUCCAUAUACACUGAGAACAUGUGCUGGGGUUAAGGAGGCAGCUGGGAGAAGAGCUAGUGGCUAUGAAGUGGAAUCAUUAGAUGGAAGUGUGCGCAUCCCACUACCAAGUCUCAUAGAAUGUAAUGAUAUUCCUAACAACAGAGAGGAGAUUCCCACACCAGAGGUGGCCUUUCACCAUCCACACUUGGAGGCGUUGGCUUGUCUUAUCCCUGACAUCGACCCCCAUGCCCAGAUCAUGUUGCUUGGUCGAGACCUUAUUAGAGUUCAUAAGGUGCGCAAGCAGGGUGGGUUAUUGUUGGAAAUGUAUGUCUAG